AUGGCCUUGAAGGACGGCGGCGGCACCACCACCAUCCUGCCCAUCAGCGAGAUGGUGUCUGCCUGCUCCUCGCCGGCGGCGGCGGUGGCGGCGGGCUGCGCCUUCCCCGAGGUGGUGGAGCUGAACGUGGGGGGGCAGGUGUAUGUGACCAGGCACUCGACGCUGCUCAGCGUGCCCGACAGCACCCUGGCGCACAUGUUCUCGCCGCGCCGGAGCGCCCCGCGGGAGCUGCCCCGCGACAGCCGGGCGCGCUUCUUCAUCGACCGCGACGGGUUCCUCUUCAGGUACGUGCUGGAUUACCUGCGGGACAAGCAGCUCGCCCUGCCCGAGCAUUUCCCGGAGAAGGAGCGCCUGAUGCGCGAGGCCGAGUAUUUCCAGCUCACCGAGCUGGUCAAGCUGCUGUCGCCCAAGGUCACCAAGCAGGGCUCGCUCAACGACGAGGGCUGCCAGAGCGACCUGGAGGAGGGCAGCUCGCCGGGCAGCGGCGAGCUCCUGGUGCCCCACCCGCGCGCCGGCGAGAGGCGCGCCGGGUUCCUCACCGUCGGCUACCGGGGCUCCUACACCGCGGUGCGGGAUAACCAGACGGACGCCAAGUUCCGCCGCGUGGCCAGGAUCAUGGUGUGCGGCAGGAUCGCGCUGGCCAAGGAGAUCUUCGGCGAGACGCUCAACGAAAGCCGCGACCCGGAUCGGCCGCCGGAGAAAUACACCUCCCGUUUCUACCUGAAGUACACUUACCUGGAGCAGGCCUUCGACCGCCUGUCCGAGGCGGGCUUCCACAUGGUGGCUUGCAACUCCACCGGCACCGCCGCCUUCAUCAACCAGUACAGGGAAGACAAGAUCUGGAGCAGCUACACCGAAUACAUCUUCUACCGACCACCACAGAGAACAGUGUCUCCUAAACAAGAACAUGAAGACAGGAAGCAUGAAAAGGUGACAGACAAAGGAAGUGAGAGUGGAACUUCUUGCAACGAAUUGUCCACCUCCAGUUGCGAGAGCCAUUCAGAAGCAAGCACUCCUCAAGAGAAUGCCACUAGUGUUCAGCAGCCUACAGGGCACCAGCCAAAUACUCUAACGUUGGAUCGCCCAUCCAAGAAGGCCCCAGUACAGAAAAUGCCCCCACCAGACAAACGCCGAAACAGCGAACUUUUCCAGACUCUCAUGAGUAAGUCCAGAGAAGCAAACCUUUCUAAAAAAAAGGUGUGUGAGAAGCUCAGUGUUGAAGAAGAGAUGAAAAAAUGCAUCCAGGAUUUUAAAAAAAUCCACAUCCCCGAUGAUUUUCCAGAACGGAAACGCCCGUGGCAAUCUGAACUAUUACAAAAAUACGGGCUAUAGUUUUUCAGUAUUGAGUAUCAUGUCAGUGGUGCGUUAGGUGUGUAUUCCGUUGCCAGUUUCUACUGGUGUCCUUCUUGUUGGUCUGCUCAUCGGAGUUCUGCUGCUUAUUUCUUUCUGUGAACUGGAUGUUGGAUAGGACCUGGGUUGACUGUUCUUCUUUCUUUUUUAAAGGAUAUAAUUAAUGAAAACAAACCCUAGAUUCUUUUUUAAUAGUUUAAAUGUGCAUGAUCAAGACAUUUGGGGUUUCAGCCUUCUCAUCUGUGGAAUAAAUAUAUCAUCCGGUCGCUCACCGUUCUAUGUCCAUAACAAUAGCAGUGUUAUAAAAGUCCACUGCAUAAAAAAGAAUGGGUCCAAGGAUGCAGUAAUAGAAUUCAGUGCAAACACAUUUUUAAAAGUUAGCACAAUGAAGCAGAUUUCCAUUUUGCAUGAGCACGAUAGUGACAAGUAGCUCACACGAGGGGAAAAAAAUGGGGUUAUAUGCUGCUUGGAUAAAUAUUUUGUUCAUUGGCAAGAUUAUAAAUGUAAAACGCCUUUGGAAGUGAACCUCAUGAGGAUUUGUGUAUGGCUGUGUGUUUGUUUUAUAAGGAUGGUGUAAAUAUGCCUUACAUUGUUUAACGAUCACACCGACAUUCAUCUAAUUAAUGUUUACCAGGGUUAUUUCUGUGAAAUGCAAAAAUAUCAACAGAUUGUGAAACUGGUUUGAUGAUCUGAAAAUCUUCUGUUUUCAUGUUAAUGAUGUUGGAAAAAUAAAAAUAAAAAUGACCUUAA